AUGGAAAGGAAGCCUUGGUAUCAAAGAGCAAUAGAGAGGGCUACCGUAUGGAAAACUGUUCCGAAGACCACAGGAGUCCCUACUACGAAUGCUACAACAUUGUGGAAAACCAUUUCAAGACCAACGGAAAUUACCAUGGCGAAUGCAACAUUGUGGAAAGCGAUUCCCAAGCCCGCUGAAAUCCCUUCAACUCAUCCUAAUAGAUCGGAGAAGCUACGUAAAUGUACUUCCCUGAGGGUUGCCACUACGUUUAGUCGGGUUUGUCUAUGUGCACCAAUCUCUUCCUACAAUGAGGUUUUUCGCGCCGAUGUCCCCCCUAGAAGAAGCAACAGUUACCCUAGGUCAAAGCCGUUUCCCCUAGCGCAAGAAAGAGUAAUGCCUAGCGUGAAACUUAGCACAGAAGGAAGAAGAGUUUUCCGUGGAAAAUCGUUGACGGAUGAUGUUUUGAUGAGGAGGUUUGCUGUGGAAGAAGAAGCAAUGAUGCAAGUUAGGAGGAGGAAUCAAAUGGAAAUUAUAAGGAAGAGAAGUUUGAUGAGAAGGAAGAUGCUUGGUCCUAGUCCUCUUAGUAGAAUGGUAAAAGCUGAUGAAGAUGAGAAUUCUUAA